AUGCUGGAGGCAAAAGGAUGGUGGCGCAACCUUAAUUACAGGUAUUACGGUAUUAUCCUGAUAGAAAUGGGGCUGGUUGGUUUCUUCAAAAACGUCAUUCUUCAAGGUGGCCCUGAUGGAUCUUUUGCGAAAGCAAUGACCGGUCAGAUCGGACUAACACAGCUUCUCUCUGAGUUUGAAGAAGACUGCAAGAAAGCUGCUACUGCGUCAGGAGGCUCCCUCCCAGACACAUUCUCGGUGGGUCCGACGUUCCAGGAAAUGGUGGAGGUGGACCUCUUCAGUACACCCUUCCUGCAAGCAGCUCUGACGCUCAAGAACAAAGGCUUCAAGAUCGCCGUCUUGACCAACAACUGGAUUGACGACACCCCCUCCAGACAUCGCACGGGGCUUGCACUCUGUCUCCUGAGGCGAUAUUUUGACAGGGUGAUCGAGUCCUGUCGAGUGGGCCUGCAAAAACCUGAUCCCAGGAUAUAUGAAUAUGCCCUGAAAGAGCUGAAGGCCAAGCCAGAAGAAGUUAUUUUUCUGGAUGACAUUGGUGCAAACCUGAAGCCUGCUCGGGAGAUGGGCAUCGCCACCAUCCUCGUGGAAGAUGCUGAUUCUGCUCUGAGGAAGCUGCAAGACCUGACGGGGGUCCAGCUUCUGGACCAGGAAGAGAGCCUGCCGCCUGCCUGUGAACCGGAGAAUGUGGCCCAUGGCUACGUGACCAUCAAGCCUCACACCCGGUUGCACUUUGUGGAGAUGGGCAGUGGCCCCGUGGUUUGCCUCUGCCAUGGCUUCCCAGAGAUUUGGCUUUCUUGGAGGUACCAGAUUCCUGCACUAGUUGAUGCUGGCUUCCGUGUCAUCGCCUUGGAAAUGAAAGGCUAUGGAGAUUCCACUGCUCCUCCAGAUAUAAAAGAAUAUUCCCAGGAAGAAAUAUGCAAGGAUUUGGUGAUCUUCCUGGACAAAAUGGGCAUUUCGCAGGCGACCUUCAUUGGUCAUGACUGGGGCGGUAUCACAGUGUGGGGUAUGGCUCAGUUUUACCCAGAGCGUGUCAGGGCUGUGGCUAGCCUCAAUACCCCUUACAAGCCUGCACGUCCUGGCGUAGAUGCACUGAAGCUGGUGGAAUCCAACCCUGCCUUUGAUUAUCAGCUCUACUUCCAAGAGCCUGGUGUUGCAGAGGCCGAACUGGAAAAAGACUUGAGCAGGACCCUGAAGCUCAUGGUGCGGUCGGUCCGGAAGGAGGAUCGGAUAGAGGGAGCUUCGCUGGACGUCUCCAGUGUGAGAGCUCGAGGUGGGCUGUUGGUGGGCCUUCCCGAAGACCCUCCCCACAGUUCUCUCCUGCCAGAGCCAGUGCUUCAAUAUUACGUCCAGCAGUUCAAGAAAUCUGGAUUGAGGGGCCCCCUGAACUGGUACCGAAACAUGCAGGCCAACUGGGACUGGAAUGCCACUGCCCAGGGCAGAAAGAUCCGAGUCCCUGCCCUCAUGGUUACUGCUGGAAAGGACAAGGUCCUCACUCCAGAUAUGAGCAAACGCAUGGAGGAAUGGAUUCCAGAUCUGAGUCGUGGGCAUAUUGAGCACUGUGGACACUUCACACAGAUGGACAGGCCGGCGGCUCUGAACAAGAUCCUGAUCGAGUGGCUGGAGAAGGUCCACAAGAAUGGCUCACGGCAAACCGCCGCCAAGCUCUAAGGAGGACUUCGAGGCUUUUCCCGGUUGGGUCGCCAGCGGCUGGUUUCGAGGUGGACAAGAAUUGAGUCUGGGGUCCUCUUAACCCUUUGGCGAAUGGGAGGCAUCAACUUAUUGGCAACACGGAAAGGUCUGAUGAAUUAGAAGGGGGUCGGUUGUUAGCAAAAGAAUUGGACUAAAAAAAUCAUGUUUUAAUUGUCCAAAGGGAGAAUUCUGAACACCUGCACACACAGGAUAAGGCUUUGCUCCCCUUUGUUCUUAACAAGUGAAAGAAGAAAAGCAAAGGGUGCUGCUUCUAUACUGCCCCAUAGCGCUUAAAGCACUCCCUGGGCAGUU